GACACACCGGUUGUCAGGUGUGAAGAGAUUGUCAAUGUAAUGUACAAACUCAAGAAGGCUGCUCGUCUCUUUCGAUGAGUCAACAUCAGUUUCAUGGAGCGAAACCCGUCCUGAACAGGUCAAAACAAGGCACGCAGCCAAGCCACAGGUUUAUAUCGCAUCAUUAACCCCAGGCUGGUAAUGUCACUUCCUGUUUCAAACCAAGCAGUUUGACGGUUUGUGCCAGGAUGAGGAGAGAUCUUGGGGUGGCACUGCUUGUGCUGCUGACUGCAGCUGUGCAGUCCAGCUGCAUGUCUGCACCAGGGAAACCGGUCCUGCUCGGCUGCAGGUCCCCUGAGAAGGAGACGUUCACCUGCUGGUGGGAGCCAGGCUCUGACGGCGGGCUGCCCACCACACACCACCUGUAUUACGAGAGAGAAAGAUUGGAGGGAACGUACGAGUGUCCAGACUAUCUGUCAGCUGGGAGGAACUCCUGCUUCUUUAACAAGAACCACACCUCCAUCUGGGUCAACUACUACCUUACGGUAAUGGCCUCCAAUGCACUCGGAAAUGCCACUUCGGACCCCUUCAAGGUGGAUGUGAUGGAAAUCGUGAAGCCCGAUUCUCCCAGAAAUGUAACGCUGCGGGUGGAGGAGAGGAAGGACAGUCCAUGUCUCCAUGUCAGAUGGAGGCCUCCCUCUAACACAGACACCAAGUCCGGAUGGGUCACCAUUAAAUAUGAACUUCGGGUCAAAAAGGAUAACAGCAACAAUUGGGAGGAGUACAUGUCAGGCACACAAACUCAUUUCAGCCUGUACAGCGUCAGUCCUGGGGUGGUGUACACGGUGCAGGUCCGCUGCACACUAGAUCACAGCUCCUGGAGCGAGUGGAGCAACACCACCUAUGUGAAAAUCUCCAACUAUCUUCAGAAUGAGAGACCGUUUUUGAUGUUGAUUUCUAUCCUCUCUGUUAUUCUAUUUAUAACGGCAGGGUUCGUCUUAAUCAUGAAGAGGAAAUCUGUGAAGCAUUGGGUUGUCCCCCCUGUUCCUGGUCCAAAGAUAAGAGGAAUCAAUUCUCAAUUUCUCAAGGUUGCAGGAUCUGAAGACGUCAGCAAUGCCCUGAUUUUCAACCAGAGCUUUCCUCCUAUUCAUUUUGUCUGGGAAGACCAGAUGGAGGAAUACCUAAAUGUGACUGAAAAUGAAGAUUGGCUUUCAUUCAACUCUCAGAAAAGGAAGAAAAGCUUGAUUCCUGCUUGCUUCCACUUCGAUUCGGAAAUCCAUUGUAAAGAGUCAACCUGUAACCAAAAUGAAUGGGAAAAGGAUGAGGAAAUUAGCAAAGUGGAUAACAACAACAAACCAUUCACAAACACAGGUUAUGUGGAUUUUCAGAGACAUGUGGAAAACGUACAGGGGGCAAAUGUGAAACAUGUGGACUACAGCAGAAUUAAAGAGGUGAAAGGGAACAAUGUUCUUAUCCUCGAGACAGAAAAUAUCCAGAUAUCCAAUAUACCAGAGGACUACCACAGGGUGAAAGAGAUGGAGGGGGAUCAUUUGGUCGUCCUGCAGAAACAGAAUGCAGCUGACAUUAACUACACAGACUGUGCCCUUCACAAGCCAAGAAAACCUCAUGUAUGCACAGAAUCCAGCAAUAGCGGAUAUGUGGAUACAAUCCCUGCACCACCUUUGAUGUAAAGUUUAGUUUUAUAUUCAUUGUACAAAUCUAAAAGUGCUAUGUCCUGAUUUACACAUACAUUCAUGGUCAACAGAAGAUAAAGCAAAAUGAUCCCAACCUUUUUCUUUUUACAACAUCCAUGAGAUUGACAUUUGAGUGUUGGAGUGAAAAUGUCACAACCACCUGAUAGAUUGCUGAAAAAUGUGUUAGGUUUUUUUUUAAUGUUUUUUAAUUAUAUAUUCCAAUGACAUUGGCUUCUGUCCUGCUACCAAUGACUCAAACUAUUUACUUAUUUUUAAAAAGUUUGAGAUCAAAAUCGUCCUCAGACAUUCAUGGUCUCCGUCCUGAAUCGGCACGAUCAUGGUGAUCUUCCGACUUCCUCUACCACGAGGUUGACAAUCUACUAAAUGUAUUGUUGUGAAGCGUUUUACAUACAACCUUAGAUAAUUCACUUCAUAUUUCCGAAUAAUAUAACACCAUCAUAUUGUUAACAUUUUUAAAAUCCUAUCCAAAAACUUUAGUUUUGUCGGUUGGUAAAUUCUGAUCAUUGUAGUUUAUCUGGGAUGUGUACCAAAUUAAGACAAUGCUUUGCUAUAAUUGUAUUAUUAAUUUCCUUAAUGGAUUAUAUGAAAUGUAUUUAAAUGAGGACUUUAAAAUAGCUCAAACCUUGCGUUGACUUUAUAUUACUUUUCAAAAAAGUUUAUCAUUAAUAUAGAUGUUUUUAUAUCCAUGUAAGGAUAGAGGAUUCCAAUGUGUUGACACAGAUGAUAAGUUUUUAUUAAUCUGUUUUUAUAGAAACAAAGAUAGCAGAACCACAUUCUGCAACCACAUGCAUUUGAAAGGUUUGUUUAUAGUUGCAAAUUUUAAUCACUCUGGCUGGUGUUGUGUGCAGAUUAAGCCCCGGGUUGCCUCAGUUGAAGUAUAGAAAAAGAGUGCAUACAUUUUUUUCCCCACUGGUUCAUUUUUUCACUACUUUUUUCCAGCUCUGUUAUAAGAUGUUUUACUUUCCCCCCCGAAUAAACAGAUUCUGCUUUAAUUCAAA